AAUUUUUUAUUUACGGAGAAAAUUAUAAAGCAAACCUAUUUCUCUGAUCUCACAACUUCUUGUCUCGAGAUAAUAUAAUAUUAGAAAAAGAAUAAUAAUAAUAAUAAUAAUAAUAAUAAUAAUAAAAAGAAGAAGAAGAAGAAACCUUGACGUUCAUUUAGUCUAAGACUGAUAAAAAGUAUCGUCGGAUUGUUGAUUCCUAAUAACAUAGGAAGAAAGAAAAAUAAAAAUAAAAAGAAAUAAUAAUAAUAUUAAUAAUAAAAAAAAAAAAAAAAAAGAAGAAGAACAAAACAAGAAAGAUAAGAAGAAAAUCAAGUGACCGCCAAACAUUUGUGUUCUACUUUACCGAUCGUCGAAAAUUAAGAUAAUAGUAGUUAACGUAGAGUUCUCUCUCUCUCUCUCCUUUUUUUUCUGCUCUAUCGAUAAAGUCGAUCGAUAAAGUCACGUGGAUACGAAAGUAGAUAAAAUAGUACUGUGUACGUUGCUUACGUGAGGGAGAAAGAGAGAGUGAGAUUGUAAAGAUAAAAAAAAAAAAAAAAUGUCUCUGAUCAAUAAGUGCGGUAACAUCGUCAUCGGUAGGGCUUUACUCUGUUGUCGUUUAAAAACAAUCGAUCGAACGAAAUUCCACCUAAGAUGGUCCUCGUCGUCUGGUUUCAAUGAGAAACACGGACAAAACGUCAACAAUAACGAUAUCAUAAGAAAGUCAGUAUUUAUAUCGCAAUCGAAUGAUGUGUUCACCAAUCUGGCAUUGGAGGAUUGGCUAUAUCGUAAUUUUGACUUCACGAAUCAUCAUGUAUUGCUCUUGUGGCGUAAUGAUCCGUGCGUCGUAAUCGGCCGUCAUCAAAAUCCUUGGCUCGAGUGCGAUACGCGUAUUACGGAGAAACAUGGUAUAGCGUUGGUACGUCGUAAUAGCGGCGGCGGUACCGUUUAUCAUGACAACGGCAAUCUAAAUCUAUCAUUUUUCACGCCAAAACAAAGAUACAACAGGAGAUACAAUUUGGACAUUAUUACGAGAGCAUUAUAUCGUGAAUGGGGAUUGAAAGCUGUUGUAAACGAACGUGAGGAUAUUGUCGUCGAGGGACGAUAUAAAGUAUCCUUUGAUGUAUCUGGUACAGCGGCCAAAUUAGGACGACCCAAUGCUUAUCAUCAUUGUACGCUCUUAGUUGCAUCUAAUAAAACAUUGUUGAGUAUGAUCCUUGAAAGGAAAGAGACUGGAAUUAAAACGAACGCUACAACGUCUACCCGUUCCUCUAUAAAGAAUUUAACGGAAGUUAAUUCGAAGGUAGAAAUAGAUAAACUGAUAGAUACCCUAGGUUGGGAAUAUUUACGUACAAAACCACUUGUCCUCGAAGACGGUGGUUAUGAUCAUAUACAAGAACAAAAAGGAUUUCAAUUGAUUAAUCCCACCGAGGAUUGGUUCCCAGGUAUAGACAAAUUGAGGGAAGAAUUUUGUUCGUGGGAAUGGAUAUACGGAAGGACACCACAAUUUUCGAUAACGAAAGAUUUCGAUAUGCCAGCACCAAAUGGUAAUCUUUAUCGGGUUAAUUUGACAUUGGAGAUACAAAAGGGUAUAAUAGAAGAAAUUAGAAUGAGUUUGCCGGCCAAUUUGGCUUCAUCCAAUUUAAAUCAAAACGCUAACGUAUUUACAAAUCUACGAGGCAUGAGAUACGAUAGCAACAUUAUGGACAAUAUAAUCGCAUUGAUUAGUUGCAAGAAUUUCGCUGAGAGCAUGUCGCAGAAUACAAAAAAGACAAAUAUGGUCGCGACUCAAUGAUAGAUCGUUACUUCCUUCGAACGAUCCCAAGAAGUAACAUCGAUAAGAUAGAGGAUGAAGGACAAACGAAGGAAUCACAAUUAUCGUUUACAGAUAACGUGUUUUCAACGUGACAACACAUUGACAUCACGAUGACAUCAUAUUUUAUUUAAGAUUCGUAAGCCUUCUGUAUUGUAACUGUAUUUUUAUUUUAUUUUAUA